UGUGCGCUUUGCCUUUCGCCUUUGCAGCCUUUUCGCUCGCCCGCACCGGCCCGUCGCUUGCAGCCGCAGUCGCUUGCAGUGGGUGUGGCCGACGCCCCCACUUCCCCUUCACCCCCGUCGCUUCCUCCACUCCCCCCUUCUUCUUCUUCACCUUCCCCCCCCUCUCUGCUCUGCCGCUUCGCUGCUCCCCCGCCCCCGCGCGCGCACAAUGCUGCCCUCCUCCAGAUCAAGAUCUGGGCCGAAUGAGUCGCCCGUCGGCAGCAGGACCAGGCCCAGCACGCCCUCCUCCGGCCACCGCCCCUCCACGCCCUCCUCCGGCUACCGCCCCUCCACCCCGGGCGGCACCAGGAGGGGCACAACUGCCGCUGCCACCGGCGGGGGCACGCCGUCCACGCCGCGGGGCUCGCGCGGCAACACCGGCGGGCCCUUCAGGUCCGAGCCCAACUCGCCGCCGGCCGCCGCGGCGGCCCGGCCGCGCCUCUCCUUCGACCGCUCCCCGAGAUCCGCCGACGCCAAGCCCGUCGCCGAGCGCCGGGUGCCCAAGAUCGGCACGCCUCCCCCCGACCAGAAGCAGCUGCGGAGGGAGAUCGAGCUGCAGUCGCGGCUCGAGUCCGCGCACGACGACCUCAAGAAGGCCAAGGACCAGCUCUCCUUCGUCGUCGGCGAGAAGGACCGCCUCGUCGGUGAACUGAAUGAAGCCAAGAGGGUGGCUGAUGAGAUACAUGAGAAGCUCCAGGACGCGCUCAUGGCCAAGAGGUGGGCCGAGGAGGCCACCGAGAUCGAGAAGUUCCGCGCCGACGAGCUCGAGCAGGCCGGCAUCGACGAGUCGCAGAAGAGGGACGAGGAGUGGCAGAGGGAGGUCGAGAGCGUGCGCAGCCAGCACGCCGCCGAUUUGGAGACGCUGGUCACCACCACCGAGGAGCUCGAGAGGUUCAGGCGCGAGCUCUCGAUGGCCAACGAGGCCAAGAAGGCCGCGCUUGGCCACGCGGACGAUGCCAUGAAGAUUGCGGAGGUCAAUGCGGACAAGGUGGAGAUCCUCUCCGGCGAAGUCACCCGCUUGAAAGGAUUGCUUGAUUCCAGCGCGGCGGUCGAGGAGAGUAAAAACCGUGAAAGGGAGGAGUUUGUGAAGAAUUUGGAAUCCGAGAUUUCAGUUCUCAAAGUCAAACUAGAGGAGGCAAGAGUUCUUGAGGAGAGCUUGGCCGACGUGGAGAAACUGACCGAGGAGCUUAAAGCACAGUUGGCUGAUGCAAAGAAGGCCGAGUCAGAAGUCCAUCAGCAGUUUGAGGAAUGGAAGGACAAGGCUGGAUCACUUGAAAUUGAAUUGGAGGAGGCUACUCUCUCCGAGAAGGCCAAAAGCGAUACCCUUAUAUCCACGGAAGAAGAAUUGAGCAAGACCCAGUCUAUCUUACAGGACAGAGAAUCUGAGAUGGAAGUGCUGAAAGGAAAGACAACGGCAUUGGAAAUUGAGGUGGCGAGGCUUUCAACAGAAAUCAACGAAUCCAGCGAGCACCUGGACGCCUCUCAGCAGGAGUUGUUUGGGCUGCAGACAACAAUAGAUGUUCUGAAAAACAAGCUUGAGGCUGCUGAAGAAGUGGCCUCAGAGGCUUUAAACAAUGAGAAGACUGCUAAUGCAAAUAUUGUAAGCCUGACCGAGGAGAAAAUCAAGUUAAUUAACGAGUUGAAUGAUGCUAAGGACAGAGAGGAGAAAGAGAGAAGGGCAGUGGAGGAUCUCACCGCUGCGUUAAGUGAGGCAUCUGGCAAAGCAGAGGAAGCACAUGAGAGAUUUCUGAAGAAAGAAGAUGAUUAUGAGCACGCUCUCACUCAGAUUGGCGAUCUCAAGAUGUCCCUAAAUAGUACCAAAGAGAAUUAUGAGGUAAUGAUAGAGGAGGCACACUAUGACAUCACUUGUUUAAGGAAUACAGUCGGAAAAUUGGAGGCUGAGGUGAGCAAGUAUAGAGAAGAAUGCGAAGCUAAGGAGCUUGAGAUUGUCAGUUUAAACAAGCAGUCGGAGGAAGAAAUUGCCACUCUUAAAGCAGAAGCUGACAGGGUAGGAGCAUCAUUGCGAGAUGCAGAGCACGAACUACAAACUGUCAAUGAGGAGAAAGAGAUACUUCAAGAGAAGCUAUUGCACACGGAAUCAGCAGUUGUUGAAGCUAACAGGGCUGUGCAGGAGGUCAAAGCUGAGAAAGAGGGUCUUCAGGAGCAGCUAAUGCGCACGGAAUUAGCGGUUUCUGAAGCUAACAAGGCUAUUGAGGAGGUAAAGGCUGAGAAGGAGGAUCUUCAAGAGCAGCUAAUGCACACGGAAUCAGCGGUCGCUGAAGCCAGCAAGGCUUUACAGGAAGUAAAGGCUGAGAAGGAGGAUCUUCAAGAGCAGCUAAUGCACACGGAAUCAGCGGUUACUGAAGCUAACAAGGCCUUGCAGGAGGUAAAGGCUGAGAAGGAGGAUCUUCAAGAGCAGCUAAUGCACACAGAAUCAGGGGUUGCUGAAGCUAACAAUGCUGUUCAGGAGGUGAAGGCUGAGAAACAGGGCCUUCAAGAGCAGCUAACGCACAUGGAAUCAGCAGUUGCUGAAGCUAACAAGGCUGCGCAGGAGGCAACGUCUGAGAGUUUGCAACUGAAGGAUAGGUUACUUGAUAAAGAGAACGCAUUGCAGAGCUUAACCCAGGAGAACGACGAAUUCAGGCUGCGAGAGGCUGACGCCAUGAAGAAGAUAGAGGAAUUAUCUGCUCUCCUUGCUGAAGCCAUGGAAAAGAAGCAUCCUGAGGAGGAAGAGAAGCUAGUUGUUGUGGAUGAGGUGCACAGUUCAGCGCGUGAAGUUGCUGAGACAGCUGCAGAAACUGAAGACACAGAAGGAGAGAGUGACAAAAAACCGAGCAUGGAGCUCGUCGUCGCAAAUGGAAACUCCAAUGGCGACAUGAACCAAGAGGAAGAGAAACACGACAGCAAGGUUGAGCAGCAGGAAGCCAAAAGUGAUUUCACCACGGUACACGAGAGUGACAAAGUUGUCGAGAAGCAGCUGCAGGCAGAUGUGAAACAGGAAACCGAAUCGUCGAAAGACGACCUGUCCUCCAAGGAGGACAGCAGCACCGAACACGCAAAUGCAAACGGAACAGCAGCAUCAGCAGAGGUAACCAGCAAAGUCGCAAUGUCCCCAACAACAACAAAACCGCAGAAGAAGAACAAACCCCUGCUGAAGAAGUUUGGUAACCUACUGAAAAAGAAGAACAGCAAGUAGUAGCAGGUGAACAGAAGAAAAACACAUGUACUAUUACUGGUGUUUAUUAUUACCCUGAUCUUUCUUUUUCUUCUUCUUGUUUGAUGACAGCAAGGUAGUGUGCUUAAUUUCCACGUGUAAUUUUUAUACUGUCGACGCCUGUACUUUUGUGGUGAUUGCAGUAGCUUUGUGGGUGUUUUCAUUUUUCUCUCUUUUUUCUAUAAGCUGGACCUCCUGUUCUUUGCCCUAUGGCUGUGGUUAUUAUUAUCUACACGAUCUGUGGCCGUUUGUUUGUA